GGUGGCUCAUUGCGCUUUGCAGUCGCUGCUGUCGGGACCGCGUCUACCCGGAGCAUCUGCUGCUGCUGCUGAUUCACCGAGUCGCUCCGUCUCUGACCCGGGCUGACCGCCUGUACUCCGUCUGCCACCCCUCCCAAACACACCCUCCUCGUGUUUAGGAUAUUUGAAUGUGCUCCAUCUCCAUCCCCCCCACCCCUCCCUCAACCUAAUUCCUUCUCCUCGAUUCCUGAGAUCCUCCCCCGCCGUCGCGUGCUCUUCCUCCCCCGCGCGUGAGGGUGCACCAAUGCGCGACGCGCGUGUCGAGGAGCCGACAGGAGCGAGACGACGCGGCGGACACUGGAUGGCCGGCGCUGGUGGUGGGCAAGGAGACACGUGUUGCGAUUAUGUUUCAUAAUGUACGUUAACUCUGCUAUAUUCUAAUAUAUAUAAUUACUUUGCUCGUUCCUGGUUAUAAAUAGCUUGUUGAUAGUAGGCGUAUUGCGUUUAAGCAAUCUCGGAUUAUUCAGUGAAGUAUAAGAAGUGAAAUUCAUAACGUUUUGAAUUAUAUUUUACAAAGGACGCUUCGGUAAAAAAAAUUACGAUGAAAUAACUGCAGCGGAAAUAAUACAAAAGAGGAACGUUUAAAUGAAGUUGAAUGAACAAUAGCUUGAUAACCAGGUCGUAAUAAUAAUAAUCAUAAUCUCACUUGGGAAGAAUUAAUCUGACCUCGCCUUGAGUCACAUCCACAUUUCUCCAUCUCUAGACAUGUGACAGCUUCCUCUGGUGGGGAGAGCAAAGCGAUCCGGAGAGGGAGGGGGCGGGCGGGCGGAAACGUUGAGAUAUAUAGAGAAUAUUGAUAGAGGAGAGCUCGGCCGAUUCAUUGCGGGGGGGGGGGGGGUGUAAGGGUACAAGAGCGCCACACACCCACCCACCCAGCGAAACCAGCACACACACACACACAAGACAGACACAGACAUCACGGCCGAAGUCGCACGGACCACCCUCGCGUGCAUGCUGUGCAUGCCACCUGGCCCCCGGUGGGGUUCCUUGGGCCACGGUCGUAUCGGCCAGCACGAAUGUUCACCUCGGUUUGCAUCUCUCCAUACUGCGGCCACAAGUCGGGGAACAAGUCUCCCUGCAAAUCGUGCCUGGAUGGCGACCUGGGCAGGAGCGACGAGAACGAGCGCGUGGUCAUUAACGUGGGAGGCACUCGCCACGAGACGUACCGCAGCACGCUGCGCACGCUGCCCGGAACGCGCCUCUCGUGGCUCACGGAGCCGGACGCGUUCGCCAACUUCGACUACGACGCGAAGGCCAACGAGUUCUUCUUCGACCGCCACCCCACGGUGUUCGCGCACAUCCUCAACUACUACCGCACGGGCAAGCUGCACUGCCCGUCCGAGGUGUGCGGCCCCCUGUUCGAGGAGGAGCUCAUCUUCUGGGGCAUCGACGAGACGGACGUGGAGCCGUGCUGCUGGAUGAACUACCGGCAGCACCGCGACGCCGAGGAGGCUCUGGUGAGCUUCGAGAACCCGGACAUCAACGGCAACGACGAGGGCAACGAAGACGGCGACGUCUCAAAGAGGUUCGGGCUCGACGAGCGCAGUCCCGACGGAGGGAAGCUCAGCUUCAUGCGACGGUGGCAGCCCAGGAUGUGGGCGCUCUUUGAGGAUCCGUAUUCUUCCAGAGCGGCCAGGAUCGUCGCACUGGCCUCACUUCUGUUCAUUUUAAUUUCCAUCACGACGUUCUGCCUUGAAACGCACGAAGCAUUCAACACGGUACUGAACAAGACGGAAAAUUACCCUGUCAACAACGUGACGACCCAAAAGGUAUACAUCGACGUGGAGACCGACCCGGUGCUCAUGUACGUGGAGGGCGUGUGCGUGGCGUGGUUCUCUUUCGAGUUCCUCGUACGAAUAAUUUGCUGCCCCGACAAGAAGGUGUUCAUCAAGAACUACUUGAACGUCAUCGACUUUGUGGCCAUCCUGCCAUUCUACCUGGAGGUGGGGCUCAGCAGCCUGACCUCGAAGCCGGCGCGCGACGUCCUCGGCUUCCUGCGCGUCGUCCGCUUCGUGCGCAUCCUGCGCAUCUUCAAGCUGACGCGCCACUUCGUGGGCCUGCGCGUGCUGGGCCACACGCUGCGCGCGAGCAUCAACGAGUUCCUGCUGCUCAUCAUCUUCCUGGCGCUGGGCGUGCUCAUCUUCGCCACCAUGAUCUUCUACGCCGAGCGCUUCGGCGCCAACCCCAACGACCCGACGGCGAGCGACCACACGAGCUUCAAGAACAUCCCCAUCGGCUUCUGGUGGGCCGUGGUGACGAUGACGACGCUGGGCUACGGGGACAUGUACCCCCAGACGUGGUCGGGCAUGCUGGUGGGGGCCCUGUGCGCGCUGGCGGGGGUGCUCACCAUCGCCAUGCCCGUGCCCGUCAUCGUCAACAACUUCAGCAUGUACUACUCGCUGGCCAUGGCCAAGCAGAAGCUGCCAAAGAAAAAGAAGAAGCACAUUCCCCGGCCCCCCCAGGUCGGGUCGCCGCACUUUUGCAAGUCGGACAUGAACUCCUCGAGCCACAGCACGCAGAGCGACACCUGCCCCCUCGCUAAAGAGGAGAUUUCAGAGCUUAAUAGAAAAGGUUACGAAAAGUCACGAAGCUUGAACAACAUUACUGGCCUGGCUGGGAACCCCCUGGGCAUCUCUCCCCUCAGCUCGCCCUACACCUCUCCGUGUCCACUGCGACGGUCACGCUCCCCCAUCCCGACCAUAAUCUGAAGGUAUCGUCACGGCCAGCCCCGGGCCCACCCAGCCCCGGGCCCACCCAGCCCCGGGCCCACCCAGCCCCGGGCCCACCCAGCCCCGGGCCCACCCGGCCCCGGGCCCACCCAGCCCCGGGCCCACCCAGCCCCGGGCCCACCCGGCGUCGAGCGGGCGCACGUCCCCGGACGAUCGCGCUCCACGUUCGCCAACUUACGAUCGCGGACAGGCAUGGUGAAGGGGGGGGGGAGGAAUUGCCACCACCACCGCCAUCAUCGCCAACGUAAGAGCUGCGACGUAACGUCUCAACAUGUACAGUAAGAUGAAUUAACGGAAAUAGCUGUGUAUAACGAAUUUAACUUAUUUUUUCAGAAAAUCCGCUAUUUUAAACGUGUAGAGGGAGACUGACUCCAGGUGUCCGAGAUAAGCCAGGGUAUGUCUAAUUGUGUUUCAUUUUAUUAAGCGUUUUUAUUUCGAGGGUACGGAAUGGAUGAAAUGUUUGUACUCUUGCGUGCCGAUGCUGCGGAGUAGGCAGACGUUUGUAGCACAAGGCUUUUAAAGGUCAACCUUGACAUGUGUUCCCAUGAAUGUAUUAAGCAAGUCUUGCUGUGAUCACCAAAGAAUGGAGACCACACAUUUGAAGAGACUGUCCGCGGGAUUGGAGCUACUAAAUAACUGCUUGGAUAUGUGUGUUUUUGCAAGAGAAGCAAUUGAAUAGAACUGCCCUGCCAUGUUAAAUCAGGUGGUUGAAGGAAUGCGUACAGACACAAGGAAGGGUCGAAAAUGUAUGUUGACAUUAAGAGCCCCAUGGAGGCGAGAUGUUUACUACCUCGCCUGGUAUACAGGAGGCCAUAGGUUCGAUCCCGACCCUAACGCCUCUUGUAUAUUUGGAGUUUGCGUGUUCUCCCCAUGGUCGCGUGGAUUUUUCUCCGGGUCCUCCGGUUUUUCCCUCCGCAUUUAUAAACAUGUGUUUAGAGUAUUUGGAUGCGAUACAUUUCCACGUGAUUAGCCAGUUUGUUGAGCUAUCAUUUGUAGCCACGUCGCUUCUGGAAAAAAGAACGAUUUAGCUCAAUAAGCCUUACCUGGUGAAAUAAAAAAAUGUUUAGUUUUUAAGGGUACAAAGAAAAGCUUUUCCAGAUCAUCGAGUGUUAAUGUUGCCUAUCAAUGUGCUAUUCACGUGCAUCGCUAAAAGCACAUUUGCCAAAACCUCGGACUGCUUCCCAUGAACAAAGGAACACAUCACCGUGUGGCCAGGGCUGUGAUUGACUAUUGCAUCUGUUAAUAUUGAAAACUUCCACUGCCGUCCUUGCAGAAGCAACAUCAAUAGCCCACGUGUCUAUGGCCUUGGCCAGUAUGAGCGUGUGAAUUCCUUUAGGGUGAGCACAUUAAUGUGGUAGGGGUUCGUCAAAUUAUUUUUGCAACAACGCUGUUGACAAGACGGUUACGUUUUUGGGAAAUUUUCGAAAUAGCUAUCCCAAUCGUUCGACAGGAUUUGGAAGAUGAUAUCACAAGAUGAUGUACUGUAUCAUUUACACUAAUAUACAUUAUCAUGUACACUAUUAUUUUAUCAUCUUUGUAAAUUAUAUCGACGUAAAUAUGCUCCUUUAAAUUUUUCCUUUAAGUUAUUUCCCUGCAUAAACGUAUCGUUACAUCUCAUAUUUUGUAUUGCUGCAAAAAUAUCAAUAGCAGUUGUUUGACUUACACUUAUUUCAAUUACAUGAUGUGCAUUUCUUAAUACAGUGUACACAAACUGCAGCUUAGUUUUCCCAUAGAGGUGACGAAAAACGAUGUUGAUAAUCACGACGACAAUCACAGCAAUGAUAAUUGAUGAAUCGAUGACCAUUAAACAGCCAAACAAAUUAUUUGGUGGAUCAUACGUUGGCAGCAGUGUACGAGCACAAACAACAACAACAACAAUAAACUCAGUCAUCAAUAAUACUGCCUUAAAAAAUAAAAAUGAUACGCAACGUUUUGAGCAAUAGCUCUUGUAUGUGUGUUGAACGUAUUUCGCACCGCAGGUAGCCAGCCGUGCUAAUCGGAGGGCCCUUCUUUACAGCACACACAGAGAGAGAGGCAUUCUUACCUCGCUCGCCUCUCUGUGCAGAGCAGAAGGACAAUCGCCCAAAACGUUGCCGAAAAUAUCAUUUUUUUCUCUUUUGAAGGCAGUCUUAUUAACGAUUAUAUUAACUCGUAUUUCAUAAUAAAGGUUUUUUGGGUUAGAUCGUGUUAUUUAUUAACGUGUCGUAAUUCUCCACUACCCGACACGGCUAAUCAGCAAAAAAGUGUCACGUUGACAAAGACAAAUAGUUAAAUAAUAUUGGUCGCGAAAGCCUACGUGUUAAACUAACUUGCAUUUCUUCACAUAAUUAAGAACAGUUUCGCUGUAUUUACACAGAUGCCUCAUUUUAUAAAUGUGGCCAACAAAGUGAUGAAAAUAUGAGUGAUAUGUAUUACUUGUUAUGAUGUCCCAGUGGCAGUAGGUGCCACAGGAUUUGCUUUGCCGUUGCAUUAACGCAUUGCUCAAGUUAAAUUAAUGUAUGAUCAUAAUGAUGAUGAUGAGAGAGGUAAUUAGUGUAGAAGUUACUGCUGGGAAGAAGAAAAAAACGGCUGGAAAUCAGUUAAUAGUUGCAGAGUUUACGUUGUUGGAAAGGAUACAUGGUGACGAUUGUCGUUCAUUUAAUUUGCUUUGGUACCAGUCACUUUAUCUUCCAAAUCCUCAAAUGCAUACGAUUUAGACUCAUUGUCAGUCGACUUGUAAAAGAAACCCAACCGUAAUAGACAACCGAAAGAGGUUUAAACUUUGAAAUUGAGGGAGAGGAGUGCAAUGACAUCCUUGUUGUAAUAAUAUUGCCGUGUAUAAGUAUUGUAUUUACUUUUAUUGCAUGGUGUGCAUGACAAGACCUGUCCAAAUAUCACGUUGGAAUUUCCCUGCUGCUUCCUCCUCUGAAUUUAGUUCCGUGUGCGUUUUAUUUUUAGCCUUCAAAUUAGAAUGAAAGUUUUUUUUUAAUCUGAGAGAGAAAAAAAUUUGCGUUUUAAUUUCCCUUUUAAAUGUUAGAAUGUUGCAUUAAUUUAAAGGCGCAAGGACCCUUUGGUGGGGUGUUUGUUUUCUUUGCCUAUGGUUUCAUUCUUUAAGCGUAAACUGCCGAGUAAAAUGUCGUUCAAAUUAUUUCCAUGAUGUGGUCUUCGUUAGGAUGCUUGUCUUGUCCAUCAUGUCAAAAUGUCGAGCAUGCACAAAACAAUUUUCUCCGUGUAUUGUAUCAUAUUUACUGACAUUAUAUGCACACAUAGGAAAAGGUACGAAAAAAAUACGUAUAAAAAAACACUGAAAAUUACAGUGGUUUAGAGUAAAACAGUGCAUACCAAUUGUAUAUGCGUGCGUAUUGUAUAUGUGUGCACAGACUUAACCGCUGUACGAACUUGUAGAAGCAAUGCGCACAUAUAUAGAACGCAUGUAUAGCACGUGUAAACAUAACACUUAGUGGCUAUGAUGGCAUUUUUACAAAAAAAAAUGUAAAAAAUAACAACGCUAAAAAAAAUGUUUCAUCGCUUUAUGAGCGCAAACGUGGAAUUGUCCGUCGCACUGUGGCUACGGCACAAAUAACCCAGCGUUUGAGACACUCAAUACGACAUGUAUCUAUCUCGAGUUGACAUAUACACUACCUGUGCAAUGUACAGUACGUUAUCAAUUCAAGCAUGUUAGAAUAUGCAAACGCUUCGGCAUUGGAUGUUUUUUGGUCUAUGUACAUCUCUCCGAUCAUUGCCAGUGUCGAUACCGAGCCUCCGUGUGUUAAACGUCAAGAUUGUGCGCUAUACAACUGUCAUACAGCAUACUUGUUUAACGGCGGGAAAUAAAUAUUUAUACAUGUUACCAU